ACAGAGUUUGAAGUACGCGAGGAUUGAGUGAAUGUGACAAGUUCUUUCGGCCAGAUUACUAUCAUGUUUACCAAUACAGCUCCAGAGCGGUGUGAGCUGACUAAUUUGUCUCAAUAGCCAGAGGUAACAAUGUAUGUAGUUAGUGCAAAACGAAACAAGCGCCAAGUACCUGCUGAAUACAGUAGGGUUUGACGCCUUCUGCAUUCUUUCAUUAUGGGGAACGGCGUUAGGAAAUGUUUCGCUUGUCGAGUUCGUCCCCAAUCCCCUGAUUUGCAGCCAUUCCACGCGAAUGCAUGGAUUCUUGAGGAAGUGGGGCGAGGCAAAGCAGGAAAACAUCGCCGACCAAAAUGCAGUGAUUUGAUUGGCUCCAUUUAUAUCUUAACGGCGCUCAUUGGGAAUUUAAACUCUCCUUACACUAAGCUAAGUCGUGGAGGGCUGUUGGUAUGGAUACUGAGUAUGGCGGUGAACUUUAUAUAUGAUGGCUAUGAGUCACGUGCUAAAUAUGGCUACCCAUGGAUAAGUGUGCGCGGUUUGUUGUUGAUCACGUGUUGUGUUUGUACGUGGUCUACCUUUAGGCGUACGAUACCGUGGUUGGAGAGGGGACUGGGGGAGUUGGAAAGAGAUAGGCGUUACAGGAAUGCGUUGCAUGACAUGGCUGUCAUCACAAAGAAACUUCCCUAUGUCCUGGGCGUGUUUGCUAUAGUUGGCGGAUCUGCUCAGUAUGGAAUGAUGCUGAGAGAUCAGGCCACACACGUGACCUUAGGAAAGUCAGCUGACCCGCAAGUCACCUUCAUAUUCCACGUGUUACGGUUCAUGAGUGGUGUGCACGUGUUCUACGCCUUAGUUCUCUUUUGGAGCAUUCCCACGUGUGUUAUGCUGAUGGCGGGGUAUUCAAUGAUUGAAUAUCAAGGCUUCUCUUGCAAACAACUUAAACUCAGGGAAAAUAGAUUAACGCUGAGACAGGUCAUAGAGGGUUACAACGAAAGAGUGCAGUUUGUAAAAUCGUCAUCUUCAGCUUGUGUAGUAAUACUGUGCAUGUUGAUAGCGUUUACCUUUGUUUCUUUGGCUGUCAACGCAUACGUCUUUCUCUUCCAAAACCGAUCGCUGUUCCUGUAUAUUGUCCACGCUCUUCUACCACUUGGACUCGCAGCCUACCCACUGAGCACUGCGUCAUGGGUCACCAAGCAAUACCAUUGGCAUCUGGUAGUAGUCGUGAAGGCCUGGGUUGAGUGCAGCGAAUCUGACUCGGAAGACGAACAGCCUCUGAGCAUCACAAACGAGCAUGGGAUCAGUAGAUCACCCUCUGACCGCAAUGAAUCGCAGGCUUCCGAAACUAAUCUUCGGAUUCACAUGCCUGAUACGGGCCACGUGAUCGUGCACUCGGCUAAUGACAACAUAGACAGACUUCAGAACGUAGUUACUGGAUCAGCACGACUUAUUGGGAAACUUCAGUACAGAAAAGGAAAUCCAAAGUUUAAUUUUGAGAAGUACAUUUCAUAUCUGGACAAAGUCUCAAGGAAUGUUGGUUUCUCGAUCGGUGUGGUGCUGGUGACCUGGGAACUAGUGUCGACUUUGUUUUUCUUCCUCAUCUCGCUGAUUGCUUUGUUUGUGCAGGAAUCCAUAUUUGGUAAAGCAAAGAGCACAAUAUCGAUUUGAAACGGUUGAAUUUUAAUUUUUGCAGCAGAACGUUCUAGAAAUAAUGAUUUUAAUAACAAUAUAGUAACAAUAUUUAUAAUAAGGAUGAUAGAACUCAUAGUGAAGAAAAAAGUACUGUAAGCCCCUUAAAAACAUGGAAAAAUAAAAGUAAAUUCAUAAAUGUUAUAGUCUUGUUUCACGAGGGGCUGAUGGACAAAACAACUGCCCAGAGUGAGGUCUAAAAUUUUGUGCUUGUCCAAGCCAUCCUCUCAAUGCAAAAGAGCUCUAGGAAGUCUUUAAUGUAUGAAAAUUUCAACGAAUAGACCACUUUCAUAAAUGGCUGCCGGAUUAAUAUUCUUUUGUUUGAAUUUAAAUUAGCC